AUGUCAAGUGAAGCCCCGUGGCACGCAGCCUUUCCCGCUCCCAAGAGCGUGGCACCUUCCAUCUCGCGAGAGGAGUUCCUGCAAUGGAUUCGAGAGGGUAAACAAGCUGGCAAGGACUUUGUGCUUGUUGACCUACGGCGUAAUGAUUAUGAGGGUGGCACAAUCCAAGGAUCACUGAACCUGCCUGCCCAGAGUUUAUACCCCACCAUUUCGACAUUAUAUUCCCUUGUAUCGAAUAGCAGUGCAAAAUUUGUGAUUUGGUAUUGUGGUGAGAGUUCCUAUCUUCUAGCAGUCAUACCGGGAGACGAACUAAAUGGUAUAUUUCUUGCAGGAUCUUCUGCAGGCCGGGGUACCCGCGCGGCUGGCUGGUUUGCCGAUUAUCUUAAGGAGAAGAAUGAUACAGAAAUCAAAAGCUUGGUACUUGCAGGUGGUAUCAAAGGAUGGGCUGCAGCUGGGACGGAAUAUACGGCCUUGAUGGAUGGCUAUGAUGCUUCGGUCUGGACGAAGUAG